AGUCCUUCAAUAAAGGGAAAGAGACGUCAAUUACAGAAGGGACCCAUUUUACAUGAAAACCAAAGCACAGCGAGCCAAAUGGACACAUUACCAUCUCCUAAUCUCACCUCUUAUCUUCUCCACAACUCUCGAACCCUCUGUGCCUCUCUCUCUGCUCAAACACAAGCUCUGACACAGAAUGAGCAUGGCGGCCACGCUCAGCUUCCUCAAGCUUCCUGUUCUCCUUCCCCACAAAACCAACUAUUGCAUCUCAAAAUUACAAGUACAACCCUCAUCAUCAAAACCCAAUAUUCCAAAGCAGGACUCAACUACUUCCCCACAGAAACUAGUCAUCACAACCACCCUCCACAGCCUCAAGUCAGCUUCUCUUCCCCUCACAGCUCUCGCAUUGCCAUUUUUCUUGGACCCCAAGGAUGCAUUUGCUGUUGGUGGGGAGUUUGGGAUUUUGGAGGGAAGGACGUUUGCUCUGAUACACCCAAUUGUGAUGGGCGGGUUGUUCGUUUACACAUUGUGGGCCGGGUAUUUGGGCUGGCAAUGGAGGCGGGUCAGGACAAUCCAGAAUGAGAUUAGUGAGCUCAAGAAGCAAGAGAAGCCUACCCCUGUCACACCAGAUGGGACACCAGUUGAAGCACCACCAUCUCCUGUUGCUCUUCAAAUUAAGCAACUCAGUGAGGAAAGGAAGGAGUUGGUGAAAGGGAAUUACCGGGAUAGACACUUCAAUGCAGGAUCAAUACUGCUCGCUUUUGGAGUUUUUGAGGCGAUUGGUGGAGGAGUUAACACAUGGUUUAGGACUGGAAAGCUAUUUCCGGGUCCCCAUUUAUUUGCAGGAGCAGGCAUCACGGUGCUAUGGGCAGCAGCUGCUGCACUUGUACCUGCAAUGCAAAAGGGGAAUGAGACGGCUAGAAGCCUUCACAUUGCAAUCAACGCGAUAAACGUUCUGCUUUUCAUAUGGCAGAUACCUACUGGACUUGACAUAGUUUGGAAAGUGUUUGAAUUCACUAAAUGGCCUUGAAUUGCAGACUAUUGAAGGAGUGAGCAGCGCAUGGUUAUCAUCGAAAGUUUGCGUAAGAACAGUGGGGGAAGAAUAUAUUCCUGAGGUAAAAAGGACAAAAAAAGAAGAAGAACAUUUGUGCGUGUUGGAUGAAGAAAUUGGAGGUCAAUUUGGACCUCCCAUACUUAGUACACCUCUAAUUUACUUUUUAAAAUACUUGAGAGCAAUGUGAUUAACCAACAAUCUGAUUAAUUUUAGCUAAUAAGGACGGUUUUCUUAAAAUCUCA